GGACGUACCAAGCACCGCCCCCUCCCAUUCCUCCCCUCACCCGUAGCCCGUGUGGGCGGCGCCGGCGAUGGCGGCCGCUCUGCUCGCUGUCCUGGCUGUGCUGCUCGCCGUCCUCCUCUUCUUCGCCACCCGCCGCCGCAGCCAGGCCAGGGCAGCUGAUGAGGAACCUCAGCAAAAUGUGGUCGCAGCAGCAGCAGCCAGGCCUCGGCCCCACGCUGAAGAGCGGGGAGAUGGGAUGCCAAGGCGCCGGAGGAACAUGGGAAACCGGCUGAUGGCCCAGAGGAGAGCACAGCAGGCCGAGGACUGGGUGGAAGAAGAUGAUGAUGCUGAGGAGGUGCCAGAAUUUCAGGUGUCUGGGAAAAUUGGAGCAAAGAAGCAGAGGAAAUUAGAAGAGAAACAAGCCAGAAAAGCACAGAGAGAGGCUGAAGAAGCAGAGCGAGAAGAACGGAAAAAACUUGAGUCAAAAAGAGAGGAGGAAAGGCGGAAAGAAGAGGAGAGAAUACGUCUCGAGGAAGAGCGACAGGAAGAGGAAAAAAGGAAGGCAAAGGAAGAAGAGGAGAAGAGAGAGUAUGAAGAGUACCUGAAGCUGAAGGAGAGUUUUGUAGUUGAAGAGGAAGGAGUUGAAGAAUCAAUGACAGAGGAAGAGUCUCGCAGCUUUCUAAUGGAAUUUCUGGAAUACAUUAAGAAAACAAAGGUAAUCCAGCUGGAGGACUUGGCUUCACACUUGGGUUUAAGAACACAGGAUGCGAUUAACAGAAUCCAGGACCUGCUGGCAGAUGGCACUCUAACAGGUGUGAUUGAUGACAGAGGAAAGUUCAUCUACAUCACUCCAGAGGAGAUGGCUGCCGUGGCUCGCUAUAUCAAACAAAGAGGACGAGUCUCCAUCGCAGAGCUGGCCCAAGCGAGUAAUUCCCUCAUCAACCUACAGCCUGACAGCCGAGCUGUUGCUCCAACUGCGGUGUGAAACUAUGCUGUAAGAAAAAUACAGCAGGGGGUUGACCUUUUAAUGAAU